GUUCCAGACCGAGCUCUCCAGGCCCUGGCGUCAUCAUACUGCCUUUCCAUCUUUUUGUUCAGCACACAUUUCCCUCUCUCACUCGCUCAUUUCCUGCUCAACCAUCCCCUCUCUCCUUAGCUACCCUUUCACGCUCUCAGGGAGGGCCGACAAUGGCUGCCCUUCGCGGUCGCAGCGGUUGGCUGCUCUGCAGCAACCCUCGUCUUUCCCCCCAACCGACUGGCCCCCGAUCCUUCUCCACCACCCUCGCGCGUGCCUCGUACGACGACACGGUGCACAACCUGCGCAUAGGCAAGCACACGCGUGUCAUCUACCAAGGCUUCACCGGCCGCGUGGCAACGGGCAACGCCAAAGACUCCAUCGCGUACGGCACCAACAUUGUCGGCGGCGUUACGCCUGGCAAGGAAGGCGAGCAUCUCGGCCUCCCCUUGCUGCCCGAUUUGAGGAAAGCAAAGGAGCAGCUCAAGCCCGAUGCCACUGCCGUCUUCGUUGCUGCCCCGCAGUGCGGCAAGGCGAUUGAGGAGGCCAUUGAAGCCGAGAUCCCCUUGAUUGUGGCCGUGGCCGAGCAUAUUCCUCUCCAUGAUAUUAUGAGGGUGACAUCCAUCCUCAAGACCCAGUCCAAGUCUCGGCUCGUGGGCGCCAAUGCCCCCGGCAUCAUCGCUCCCAUCGGCUACUGUAGAAUUGGUUUCCAGCCCCUGCCCACUUUCAGACCCGGUCACAUCGGCAUCGUGGCCAAGUCCGGCACUCUCUCGUACGAGGCAGUGGCUUCCAUCUCGAGAGCCGAGCUUGGCCAGAGCUUGUGCAUUGGCAUGGGUGGUGACAUUGUCGCGGGCACCAACAUCGUCGAUGGUCUCAAGGUUUUCGAAGCUGAUCCGGAGACUCAUGGCAUGGUUAUCGUGGGCGAGGUUGGAGGGCGAGCAGAAGAAGAUGCCGCGGAGUGGAUCAAGGACUAUCACAGGCGAGAGAAGAAUCCCAAGCCCAUUGCUGCGUUGGUCGGUGGCAUGAAUGCCAAACCGGGCCGCAUCAUGGGACAUGCCGGAGCGUGGGCGGCGAGAGGCGAGCACUCUGCCGCGGAGAAGUACAAGAUCCUGCAAGACGCCGGAGCCACAAUGGUGGAUCACCCCGAGAACUUCGGAGCGGUGAUGAAGGAGAUUCUGGCGAAAAGCGGGCGGGACGUGAGCAAGAUCACGGGCAAUCCAGCGGACCAGAAGAGAGGGUAUCACACCAUGUCUCGACGAGGCAUGUCUUCCAGCUCUGCAGCGUUUCGCCCAACUCUGUCUACGCCCUCCCGACGACCGCAACACCAUCAACACCAGCGCGGCCUCGUCAUCCGCCCUUCGCAAGGCCACGCCAUUCUCGAACCCUACCUCGAGAACAUCAAAGGCCUAACCCUCUCCACCGACGAAGCACCCGCCGACGCCUUCUACGUCGGCAUCACCGUCGACCGCACCGAGCGCCAGCCCUGCAUCCGCACCUCCCCGACCACCGACGUCUCCACCUUCCGCGAAACGGCGAAACGCUUCCCCUACGACCAGCGCGAACUCCCCCCGGAUACCCUCAUCCAGUCCGCAGUCCAGCACAUCAACCCGCCCGCCGGCGCCGAACCGCUCGCAAACCUAAUCCGCUCGCUAGCCAAAAUGUACAAAGACAAAGAAGCGACGACGCUUAGCGGCAGCGUCACCAUCUCGCCCGACGGCAAAGUCACCCUGCACGCCAACAGCAUGAACCUCGCCUUCGACGACUCCGCCUUCCGCAGCGGCAAGCGGCAAGCCGAAAUCCACAACCUGCGCCGCAAAGACCGCGAGCAGCCGGAGGAAGUGGAGGCGGAGAAGGAUGGGAUCGUGUACGUGCGGAUGGACGAGCCGGACGCCAACAUCGGUACGCUGGUCAACGGCGCGGGGCUCGCGAUGAACACCGUCGACGCGCUGCGCCUGCACGGCGGCAAGGCGCUCAACUUCCUCGACACGGGCGGCAAGGCGACGUCGGAGACGGUGAAGAAGUCGUUUGAGCUGAUCCUGCGCGACGAGCGGGUCAAGGUGAUUUUUGUCAAUAUUUUUGGCGGCUUGACGGACGGCGGGAUGAUUGCUGAUGGGAUCUUGCUGGCGUUCAAGGAGGUCGAUAUGAAGAAUGUGCCGGUGGUGGUGCGGAUCCGCGGGACGAAUGAGGAGGUUGGGCAGAAGAAAAUUGCGGAGAGUGGGUUGGAUUUGGAGGCGUUUGACAAGUUUGACGAUGCGGCGAAGAGAGUGGUGGAGAUUGCGCGGGGUGGGAAGUGAGGAAGGUAGACUCGUUGGAUAUGCAUUUCUUGGUGCGUAAGGGAUUGUAACGGCACUGGAGACUUGGUGUUGUUGGCAUGUCCGUAGGUAUAUCAUCCAGAUAGAGACUUCUUGCAUAUGUAUCAUAACACUCAA